ACACAAUCCUGCACACGACCAAUAAGCCAGCACCGUCGUACGCCCAGUUUCUUUUUACUUGAAACCUUUUACUCCUGCUCGGUGAGUACAUCCUCCACUGCCCUAUUCUUAUUUUGCACAUUUUUCGAUCUUCUUUUUCUUCCUGCUCUUGAUGUUCACACACGGGGAGAAUGUUUUCUCGUUGGCUGCAUGCGGCGGUUUGAAUCUUGGAUGCUGAGUGCUGGUUCUCCGGCAGACAUCCUCUGACAGAAACAUCCGUAUGUGCUUGCGGACGCGCUGGAUAUUUUUUUUCCCUCCCUCUUCUUCUCUCUCUCUCUUCCUCUUCUUCUCUUCCAGAAGAGACAGAUUCUUCUGACCUUUUGCUUGUUUUCUGGCUUCUUUUUCUUGCUGUCGUGGCUUUGUUCUGGUGUGAUUUUGAUUUUGGUUCGGGUGCUUUUCUUUGAUCCUGCGGUGUUUCUCUGGUGUUGGAGGCAUGUUCGCAAAGAUAACUCUUUUGAUUUUACUCUCUGAGGAUUUUGCUUUUCUAAUAGCAGGCAGUGCUGCACGCCCACUAGGAUGACUGGGAAGACCCAGACCAGCAACGUGACAAACAAGAAUGACCCGCGCUCCCUCAACUCCCGCGUCUUCAUUGGCAACCUCAACACGGCAGUGGUGACCAAGGGUGACAUCGAGGCCAUCUUCGCCAAAUACGGGAAGAUCGUGGGCUGCUCGGUGCAUAAGGGCUUCGCGUUCGUCCAGUACGUCAGCGAGAGGAACGCUCGGACGGCCGUGGCCGGAGAGAACACCAGGGUCAUCGCCGGACAAUCGCUAGACAUCAACAUGGCAGGAGAGCCGAAACCAUACAGGCCUAAGUUGGGCUCUAAGAGGCCUCUGUCGUCGCUCUACAGUGGCUACGAGUUUGACUAUGACUUCUACAGAGAUGAUUACUACAGCAGACUCUUUGAGUACCAUGGUCGUGUCGUGCCUCCGACCCGGGCUGUGAUCCCCAUCAAACGCUCGCGCCUACUCGUGCCGUCCACGCGCAGAGCCAAGUCCUCCUUUCCAGUCAGAGCUUGUUCGGCCUCUUCUUCCUCCUCCUCGUCCUCCUCCCGAGCGCUCAACGCUGGCUCCUCCAUCACAAGCACUAAACUGAAGACAGACCAGCUCCUCACGAUCAAAAAGGAGCUGUCACAGAUCAAGACCAAGAUCGACUCACUGCUGGGAAGGCUGGAGAAGUUUGAGAGGCAGCAUCGCUCCGACACGGAGAUGCAGAGGAAACAAGAGGAGAUGUGUGAACGUCUCCAUGGUGAUGUAGCAGACCAUUCUGGUGAAGAGGAAGCGGAGGGGGCAGCCGAGGUGGAGGCGGGGGAGAUGACGGACGGUGGUGAAGACGACUUUGAAGAUGAAGGCACCAGUGACAUGAUAGAGAACCACAUAUCAGACAUCGACAACUGAGGAAGUCUAAAGAAAUGAAGCCUUCAGUAGAUCAAGUUGGAGGAACAGAUACCAGCGCAGCCUCCUUCAUCAAGGAGGUUCAUUUGAAAUGAAAGGAAAGCAAAGACAGGUGUUCCAAACUCGUUUGUUACUUGUUUGCCUCGUCAGAACGUGACGCUCGUGAUGUGUACUUCAUCAAAACGCUGGUUAUUGACAUUCUCCAAACUACUGCAAGAUCAACUUCAAAGAGCGAUUCUUAACCUUCAAACUGAUUGGCUGUCUGAAAAAAUCUGAACAAUACAGUAUAUUGUGUGAUUAAUAUAUUUUGGUCAGUAUUGUGUAUAAAGAAAUGUGAUUAUGUGAUCAAUCAGAUGAACCAUGAGAUGCCCUCCUUUGUUGUCCCGCAGAUGUACGUUUGUUGUUUGUUCUUUUUCUUCGCUUUGAAAACUGUGACGAGCCACGAUGCUGGCAGAGAGCUGUACAUGAAUGUAUGAGGGACACUGAUAAUUACGCCAUUUGCUUUGUUUGUACACUUUGCUGAAAUGUACAGUUUGUCAUUUAUUCACCAUGUCGUUGCACUGCUGUACGCACAUCACUUUUUGUCUCCGUUAAAUUAUGUUUAUGUUAAUCGGAAGAUUACUAUUUUUUACAAUCAGCAUGUUAAAAAAAUGUGGCUAGCUUUUAGGUGAUCAUUUAUCUUUUUAUUUUUUAAGUAAACCCAGUCCUCCCAACAAAAUGAAGUGUUGUUGUGGUGUUUUUUCCCCAAACAACUAAAAAACAAGCAGACGGGUUAUUUAUUAAAAUGUAGUUUAUUGAUAAACAUUUUUUGUAAAUGUGCCAGGGUUAGCCAAGAGGCUCAUCCAUGGACAACGGUGUAACAGUGUGACUCUACAAACAGAAUAUGAAAUCAAUACAUGAUUCAGAACAGCCUGUUACAUUUACAGGCAAGACAGCAAGGCACGAAGACUUAUAACUCAAAUCAUAACAAACUGUGCCACACCGUGAAAACAGUAAUUAGAAAAACAGAAAAAAACAGAACCGCAAGAGAAAUGAAAUGACAUGAAAAGAGAAAACACACAUUAACAGCCUGACAAAACAAUGAACAAUCAAAGAGCACGGACACACGCAAUAGCUAAGUGUAUUUCAGUUAGUGCUGACAGAGCUGAGUGCAAAUUAACCGUUUCCAGUUUGCCAUUGGAAAGGCGAAAUGAUUGAUCACACUUUAUUCUCAGAGGAAUAAUUACAGUUGCCUCUUGCAGCACCUCUUGUCAUCUGAUUUCAAAUUGGCAAACCCUGGAGUGGAGGAGAACACUAAUAUCUGCAAACUUAAUCAUGUUCUAUCUAUCUAUCUAUCUAUCUAUCUAUCUAUCUAUCUAUCUAUCUAUCUAUCUAUCUAUCUAUCUAUCUAUCUAAUCUAUCAGCUAGCAAGCAAGCUAUCAUUUUAUCCAUCUAUGAAUUUGUAUAUAAAGCAAGGGCCUGUAAAGCUACCAUUUUUACUAUAUUGCAGUACACAAAUAAUCUACAAUAUCAAGCAUCCCUUGACAAUAGAGCUCAAACAACUGUGUCAGUUAUUCACACAGGUCAAAGCGAAACCAAGUGAGGAAGCACUAGGAAAAGAAAAGUGUAUGUGUGUGGAGUCGGUGUCCUAAAUAAUAAAGAGACAUGGGUUGUUU